AUGUUCUUUAUCUUUUUCCUGACAGUGGCACGUGAGAACACGCAGGGAAACUUUCCUUUGCAAAAUUGUGAAGAGACUACCAUAGAAGUGCUAUCGCUGUUGGAUGACAGCGUCGACAUAUCCUGGGAGGAGCAGCACGAUUUGGUGUUAUCCUUUUGCUCUGAAUCCCCCUUCUGUUACGGGGCCACAGUUGUUGAUCAGCUCAGUGCUCACACGGAGACCAGCAGUUUCAGCGAUUGGAUUUAUCAGAAUGGGUUUAGAGAUUAUCCUCCAUACAUGGGCGGGUAUGUCAAACAUCUGGAGUUAACUAGAAAUGUAAGCAUAGUUCUUGAAUUAAAAAUAGGGUAUGUUGAACGUUUAUUUGAAGAAAUAAGCGCCCAGAUUACAGAUGAGGCAGUUCGUGUUGGAAUUAUCUAUCUUGAUGGCACCACUUUUACAUAUGAAGAAUUAAAAAACGUAUCAUCCAGUUUAAAACAACGAAAAGCAACAGAUUUGAAGAUACUUGUUGUUGUAGUUGGGUAUAAACUUGAGAAGGAAAUCGUACUCUUGUUUGACACUAUAGUGCUUCCCGACAAGGAGCUAAAGAAAUUUGGCCAGUAUCUAUUAAUGGCAAUGUGCAGCUGGUGUAGUAGCGGUUGGUUUUCUCUUCAACACACAACCAGCUUAGAUAUGCUGUCUUGUUAUACAAUCUACCACACUCCAGAGUUACAUACAUGGAGUAGUGAAUCGAAAUGGUGCAGCACCUCUUUUAACAGUUACUUAGCAACAAUUGAAACUGUAGAAGAGAUGCUAUUUUUAAGAAAGCAAGCAUAUGAAGUGUUUGAAGAAUUUAAAGUGUCGGAUCUAAGCUUUCAUAUCGGACUUCGCAGAGAUGUAGAUAGCUAUGAAAAACGAUUUCAAUGGGAGACCACUUCGGGAAGAUAUCGUCCACUUUUAUUCAAUCACUGGUUGCCAGGUAAACCUUCUAGACGAUUCGUCAGCAAUGACUGUGGGGUCUGGCGUUUUACUAAUAUCUGGACAGACAAUAAAGAUAGCCCAAAUGUUGUCACGAAUAUCACCAAGGUCGCCUCAAAUGAGGGAUGGACAGAUGUUUAUUGUCAGAAGGAAAUAUUAUCUUUAGCAAUAUGUGAGGUUACUCUUCCCCGACGGUUUAAUGAUAGCAUACAAGAUCAAAAUGAAGAUGGCAUUUUGAAAUUACAAAAUGGGCGUACCGUGAGCUAUCUAACAAAAUUUGUCUCCGUCUCUGCAAACGUAGCAAACCCAACGUUUUUUCAAUUUCUGAAAGACAAUAAGCAAGACUUUCCCAUUUUUGACUGUGGGGAAGAUGUCGGUGAUGGUAGAUACAUUUCAUAUAGCUUGGUAUGUGACUUCGUUGAUCACUGCAGAAACAAACGAGAUGAACUGUCUUGUGUAAAUCCACGGGAAUUAAAUCUAGAAAAUGAAGUGUUUUGCACAUCUGGACAACGUCUGCACAGUUCUAAAUACAUCUGUGACAAUGUAAAAGACUGUAGAGACGGAAGCGACGAGGAUGAUUGUAUGGCGGAUAAUUGUAAAAGUGUACCAUGUCACGAUGGUUCGUGUCUACCACUGCAAUGGAUCGAUGAUGGACACAUUGACUGUUUCAUUUACGAAAAUAGCAAUACCGACUGCUUCCUGAGUGAAGAAAACUCCCAUGCAAAUGUAGAUUUUGAUCUACACGAUAACACAAGCUGUGCCUUAGUAUGCAACCGUGACAAUUGUAUAGACGAGUCUAUGCUCAAUGAUGGAGUCGAACACUGUACAGGUUCUGAAGGACCACUAGAUGAGACUAUAGGAGCACUGGAACCUGCAAGAACUUGUAGAAAUGCAUUUGGACAUUUUAUCUGGGCUCCAAAGUGCCAUUAUAUCAAAUACAGAUACGGUGGUAUCAUAGGCUGCAGAGAUAUGUCACAUCUGAGAGACUGCGAGAACUUCCUGUGUGGUCACGGAUUUAUGAAAUGCUAUGACUCGUACUGUAUCCCUCAUCAUUAUCUUCGCGAUGGAAAAGCUGACUGUCCUACAGGAGAAGAUGAACAACUGUUCUACAUUGGUCCGCGUACUGGCAAGUAUUUCGCUUGCUGGGACAGCAACAUUUUCCUCCAUCCUGUACUAGUUUGUAAUGGCCGCACUGACUGUCCGCUUGGUGACGAUGAACUUGAUUGCCACGAAUUGUGUCCUGGAGGUUUCCGUUGUGUGGCAGGGACGGUUAUGCCAUCAGGUUAUAACAGCACAGUUUUCUCGAAACCAGCUGUGUCUGAUUUAGACAGACGGACCAGAUAUCUUGACCUGUCAGGGGUAGAAAUGGAAGCUGAUUUCUUAUCUACCUUUCUUGUGAAUGACAUCCCUUUUAAUUUGAAAGUCCUUAUUAUGUCUAAAUGCAGCAUCAAUAGCUUAUAUAUUCCCAAUCCUGUCGAAGACGGCAAGAAGCCACCACCAUUGACGAUACAGAAACUGGAUAUUAGCUACAAUAUUUUCGAAAUAUUUUCAGAACCUGAUUACAAUUAUUAUUAUAAACACAUACAUUAUCUUAAUUUAUCACACAACCAUGAGUUGAGAUUGUUAACAAAUUUACGAUUCAAUUUGCUAGAAAUACUUGAUCUAUCUUAUACAAGUAUUUUGUCCUUAAAUGAUUCAGUGUUUGCAUCAUUACCAAGAUUGAUGCAUCUCAAUUUAAGUCACACCCUGAUUUCAGAUUUUUCGGGACUAUAUUUCAAUUCCAAACGUACACUACAGACACUAGACUUACGAGGAAUUCCUGCUGAAGAUAUUCACGACUAUUCAUUCCAUGGCCUCGCUAUAAGUCAUACAUUGUAUACUGAUCAUUUUGAGAUUUGCUGUCCUAACAUUCAGAGCUUAAUCAUUGCAUCGCACGCAUGCAAAGCAUCUGCCGAUGCAGGCGCGAUUUCGUCGUGUUUUAAUCUGCUAGGAAUUUCAGUUCAGCGAUAUCUUCUCUGGAUCGUUGCAUCACUUGCCGUUCUGGGAAAUGUGACGGUAAUUGUGUAUCGUGUAAUCUGGGAUAGGUCAGUUCUCAAGAGUGGAUUCGGUCUGUUUGUGACAAACUUGGGAAUAUCUGACUUUAUUAUGGGAGUAUAUCUGUUCAUUAUUGCCGGGGCUGAUUAUUUCUUUCGUGACAAUUACGUUCUACAUGACAAGAGCUGGAGGACCAGUGUUGUGUGCAAGAUUGCUGGGUUCAUGGCUUGUCUUUCCUGUGAAGCAUCAACGUUCUUUGUUUUUCUCAUCACUCUAGACAGGUUUCUGGUGAUGAAGUUUCCCUUUGGUCAAAAGAAAUGCUCUAAAUUAAUUAAAAUCAGCGCUGUUGUGUUGUCUUGGGUGGCAAGUUUCCUUCUAGCUCUGGUUCCCAUUGUGUUUGGUUUUGACAUAUAUUCUUCUAACGCAAUGUGUCUUGGUCUACCCUUGACAAACACACAAGCUAAAGGUUGGAUUUACUCUGUUGUUGUUUUUAUUAUUUUUAACAUUAUUAUGUUUCUCUUCAUUGCAUGCGGUCAGUACGCUAUCUUCCGUGCCAUGUCAGGUAAUAGAAUAUCUAAAUCAGCAGUCAACAUGCCUCGUUCACGGCGUGUCGAAGAUAUAACAGUAGCCAAACAAUUGUCCCUUGUCGUUCUUUCUAAUUUUCUUUUCUGGUUUCCAGUUGGAGUUUUGGGACUUAUGUCAUUAGGUGGUCAUGGGGUCAGCAGCGAGGUUUAUGGCUGGACAACAGUGCUCCUACUUCCCAUAAACUCCGCUGCAAAUCCGAUUUUAUAUACUAUUCCGGCCCUAAUGGCUAAAUGGGAAAGGUUCAAAACUGGAGAUCAUAGGACGCUUUCAUAA